AUGGUCCGCCAUCUGCACGCCGAUCAGGAUCAGCGUGACUUCACUGCAACGCAUCCAAUAUGUGCUCUCGUCCUCUAUCUCAUGGCGAUGACACGUGCCUGCUAUGGCGCGCGAAAAUCGAUCAUCCACACACGCGUCGUCGUGCAUCGCACCGCAUCAAAAGAAGUUCUACGCCGUCGGAGGUCAAUGAACAUUCACCCUCCGCCGCCGAUCAGCGUUGCUGGACAGACUCACCUCGAGGAGACCAAGUUCAGCGCAUCCCAGCCAACCACAAAGGACCAACCCGACCCGACGAUUUCAUCUGCUCCACAGCUCCCACCGAUCAAGUUUCGCGGCUUCCAACCUGAGGGUUUCACACAAAUGUUCAUGCCAAAAUUCGGCCCUCCACCGUCUCCCCCUCCGAAGCUCAUAGGUGUGCCAAGUUGGUGUCCUUCAAUCCCUUCGUGGAGCAAAAGUGGGUCCCAAUCGGAGUCUCUGCCUUUGUUCUUUGAUCUCUCUUCCCUGCCAGAAACGAAGGAGACAAAACCGAUGGAACCGAAGUGUCAAGAGCUACAGCUUUGGUCUUUGAACAGCUCGAGGUACACACCUCAAAAGCAGUCCCGAUUCUUUCCUUCCCCGGUGUCUUCGCGAGCGAUCGUGAAGCUCCCGUCAACGACCUGCAAACCAUACGAAACAAGCGACCGUGGUACGGACCCAGUCUCAGCUUCGACUUUGGACCGAGCCCGUCCAUUCUCGAUCGCAGACGCUGUGGAGAAGAUUGUGACAGCCGCGGUCAUGGCAGGAGCGCAAGGCGAACUCUGCCAACUGCCAUCCGCCGCCAAUCUGUGGGACAUCCUCACAGAGGAAACGCCCCGUGCACCUUGCUACAGAGAAGCCAGUCAACGGUCCAGCUGGGACGACGAAUCUGGCGGUGUCCCAAUCAUGUCCAUGGUCGAUGGGGAGCGCCCCCCGUACGAGUUGGAAGGGAAACAAAUGCAGUUCGUUCACUCCAACACCCUUGUCGGCCAUGCCAACGAGGUCGCCGCCCGUCACUCCGGGAACAAGGAACUGGCUGAUUCUGCGAUAUACUUGGCGGACCUCGUAUCGCAGUACAAUGAGGAUCUGCCUUCGUGCGAGCUUUCAGCGACGGUCUGGCCUUCAACGGCCCCUGGCAUCAUGAACAGCAGCUCGGCCACCACAGUCCACGCGGAAGACCUUCCUGGUCUAGACCCUGAGGCUGGUAAGGCUGAACGUGAUGACUCUACGGCGCACUUCACAAGCGAACAGGACUUGUUCAAGCAAGCUGAUCACUCGAUCGUUUCGAAGAGCCCACCUGCCAGUACCUGCGAUCUAGCCACUUUCCUCAAAAUGGGACACGUGGAGAAUUGCUGGUGCAGAGAGUGCGAAGAAACCUCCGAGAUCGUGCACGGGGAGACCCUGGCUGAUGAUGAAGAAUGGCUGGAAUGGUCGGAAGGUUAUGAAGACAGCUCGGCGACCACCACCACUGUCAAGGCGGAAGAGACGACUGCCGAGGACUGGGACGAGACGGCCGUUGAGGAAGACUCGUAUGACGCGGAGCACUGCCUCGAAAACGAAUUUCGUGACUGGGAAGAGAUUGUGCCUUGCACUUCCCGCCACCCUCGCCACGUUGUCGACGAUGAGCCAGAGAAGGACUUUCUGGGAUACUGGGACGAUGGCCCUGCAUUUGCGCAGGAGAAUGAGUUUGACUGGGUCCGGAACUUUUAA